AUGCCGCGAUUUAAUCGACGGGAACAGCUGCCGCUCCACAUCAAGCGCGCCAUUUGCGCGCACCACCUCGAACACCCCGUCCUGCGCCAUGUCGACCUAGCUCGAUGGUGUUUCUCCCAGUACGGGUUGCGCCCGGAUCGCUCUACGAUCGGCCGCAUCCUAAAAACCGCCGAGCGAUGGGAUGUGACGUCCGACGGCGCCAACCCGGUGCGCCGUCGGGCAGGCGCCUGGCCAGAGCUGGAGCAGGCCAUGGGGCGGUGGAUAGCAAACGCAGGACCCGCCGGUGUGCCCCUCACACUCCAAACCAUCCGCGACCAUGUCGCGGCGAUGGCCAGGAACAUGGGCAUUCCGCCCACCUUCCGAUGCUCGAUCGGCUGGGUGCGCCGUGCAUUGCGGCGCCAGGGCGUGAGAUGCCGUGCGGCACAGGGCGAGGCCGCCAGCGCAGAUAUGGCGGCCGUGCGCGACGCCCGUGAGAAGAUGCCGCGACUCCUCACGCAGCUCGGCGUCGCCCCACGGGACACCUUCAACCUCGACGAGACUGCUCUCUGGCUGUCGUUAUUCACGCAUUUCAUUACUCAUCUCAACGCGGCGAUGUUUGCCGAGGGUCGCAAAAUAGUGGUGCUGCUGGACAACGCGAGCAGCCACAUGCUGCGCGCCGUAGAUGCAUGGAGCGAGAUCGUGUGCGGCGUCAGGACCACGUGCAUGAGCCACGUGCGGCUUGUCUUCCUGCCGCCCAAUACCACGGCAUUCACUCAGCCGCUUGACCAGGGCAUAAUCGCCACCGCGAAGGCCCGCUACCGCCAGCAUUGGCUGCGGGCCUUCUCGGGUUUAUGGAACGCCGACGGAGCGACUUCCGCGGUCGCUCGAUUCCGGCCGAAUCUGCGAGAUGUGCUCGAGUGGCUGUCGGAGUCGUGGACCUCCGUCGGCGCGCGCACCAUUCAACGAUGUUGGUGGCGCACGGGGUGUCUUCCCCUCUCGUGGUCACUGGAGCUGCCGCACGUGCAUGACGACGAGCCCAUCCCCGCAGCUUAUCCCGACAUCGAACUCGACGAUGACAUCGAUGAUGUCGGGACGCUUAUUAACACGCUCGACCUCGGGAAUGCGGCAAUGACGGCGGCGGAAUACGUCGCCAUCGACGACGCGGAGCCCACGUGUGCGGAAGGCACGGCACACCCGCCCGUGACAGAGGAGGAGAUGCGCUCGGAGGUGGAGCUCUGGCAGGCGCCGACGACCAUGCAGGCCGUUUACGACGACGCCGACCCCGUGUGCCGUGAAGCGCGCCGCACUGCUCGUGCGGCGUGCGAGAUGCUCAUCGGCUACGCCCGGGCCACCCGCAUCACUCCGCGCGAUCUGUGCGCUCUUUUCGACAUCCGCAAUCCAAUCAUAAUCGCGCGGAUGGAGCGGGCGAGCCCGGGAUUCAAUCUCAACGUGGCACCGCAGCCCGUACCCUCCCCCGGCGCAACCCCCACUCCCGAGACACCUCGUCCGCGGGGCCGUGUGCUGCCCGACUGGAUGACCCGCCAGUCCCGCCGUCAGCAGCUGCUUGAUGCCGGGGUGGGCGCCGUGAUGGACGGCUAUGUGGAUGCAGCGGAAUGGAUGCGUCUGUGA